CAACGAAACUGCGUCACCGGGACUCCAAAAGCCUUUUGUCGUCUUUGGUAACUCGAGGAUUUUGGACGCCAUAACCCGGAAACACUGCAGCCGAUUGUACCUUGUGCGCUUUGGAGGGGAAUGGUGUCGUUGGAAUGGCUCUUCUAGGAUCAAACCUAUCAGGAGAGGUUGGACUGCGGUUGCUUCUUUGUCCUAUUGGUUCUAACAUUGUGAUUCGAACGGCAUGCUGUUCUGUAGGCGUUGCUUUACCUGUGUAUUCUACAUUCAAGGCAAUAGAAAGAAAAGAUCAAAAUGCUCAACAUAGAUGUCUUGUCUACUGGGCAGCUUAUGGAUCCUUCAGCCUCAUUGAAGUUUUCUCAGAUAAGCUUAUUUCAUGGUGCCCUAUGUAUUAUCACCUGAAGUUUGCAUUUCUGGUCUGGCUUCAACUUCCAUCUACUGAUGGAGCAAAACAGAUAUACGUGAACCACCUUCGUCCAUUUUUCUUGAAGCAUCAAGCUAAAACUGAUCAAAUUUUGGGCCUCGCAUACAGUGAAGUGGUCAAACUAGUAAGUUCACACCAAACAGAAAUCCAGUUUGUCAGGAGCAUGGUAGUGAAGAUAACUGGAACUAGAUCAGCCCCAGGCCAUAGGAUAAGGGACGCUGGUGAAUCAGAUAGAUCCCAGCAACGAAGUCCAGCAGAAGAACCAGUUAAUUCAUCGGAUUCUGAGCUUGAUCAGAGUACUGCUGAUCAACCAGAGAGGCACAUCGCAUGAUCAGAGAAGCACAUUACCCAUGAGAGAGAUUAGUCUUUUACGCUAGCCUGCUUGAAUUAAAAUACAAUUUACUGUUGCCAGCCAGCCUCAAGGAUGACGUUGUACAGCUGGCUCCUUUGUUUAAUGAACAAUGGCGAUGCUGUAAGUGUAAGAGUCCAACUGCAAGAUUCAUAAUUAUCUGUUUGCGAAACUCCCGGUGCUUUCUACUAUUUUGUUGAGAUUAUGAUUUAAAUUUUUA